CUAAUUUAUGUCUGAAGAAUAACCUAAAUAAGUUGAUCCCAGUAAUCAACCAGUAAUAGCUUCAGGACCUAAAAGACCAUAAAAAGAGCCUGAAUUAGAUAAUUUAGAUGAGAUAUUUAAGAGAAUAUCUGAUGAUUUUAAUGAUGUAGCUCCACUUUAAUAAAUUGCUCAAAAAUUUAAUAUCAAUCCUGGAUAAUUAGUAUUAGGUAUAAUUUUUGUUGCUUUUACUCUUACAAUAUUUGGGGCAGGAAAUUUGUUAGUAAAAAUAAUGAUUGGCAUCUUAUAUCCUGCAUAUAUGAGUGUUUAAUGUGUAAAAUAAAAGGAUGAUGCAAAAUCAAAAAUAUGGCUUUCUUAUUGGAUUAUCUAUUUACUUAUGUUUCUAUUAGAUAGAAUAAUUUGGUUUGCUUUCCAUGAUUUAUUGUAAUUGUAUUUCCCUAUUAAAAAUAUGACACUUAUUUGGAUGUAUUAUCCUAAAACCAGAGGUAUUUACGUGUGUAUAUUUUAGGUGCAAUAAUAAUAUUUGAUAAACUAUUGUUAUAACUUAAUUAAUUGGGUAUUCUGGAAAAACCAAAAUAAAAACAUGAGUGAAAUAUAAGAUGCA